UGCCCCCAAGGUCAGGUGGGGACAGGCUGGGGCCACCGGCAGCCCCAUGGCCAAGGAUACUGCCUCUUCUACGGAAAGAAAAGAAGAAAAGUCUGUGCUGAUCUGCAUCUCGGGGGCCCUUCCCCCUCCUAAAGUCCCCAGAGCGGAGGCAGUGAUUGAAACUUGGAUUAUCUGGAGACGAAGGGACAGAAAGAACCCAGAACAUCCCUACAGCUGGCCCAUGCAGCUGGAAGUAAACACGCAGGAUCUUGAGUCACAGAUGUUCCAGCUGUGACUUCUCCUCAGAUCCUUGAUGGGACUGUCGGAAAGGCCACCCAUUGGCUGGACACCCAAAGAAGCAGAGAUGCAAAUUGGCCCCCAGCCUGAUGGAUGGAGCAGGGGAUGGAAGCCGGGGGAUGGGGGUGCUGUCCCCCUGCCCCUCUCCCCAGCACUGUCCUUCCUUCUUCUGUUCCCACUGGCCAGUGCCCUCCAGCCCACUGCACUGCCCUUUCCAGAGCUGAGGCUGGUAGGGGGCCCAAGCCGCUGCCGAGGGCGCCUGGAGGUCAUGCACAGCGGCUCCUGGGGCAGUGUUUGCGACGAUGACUGGGACGUUGUAGAUGCCAACGUGGUGUGUCGUCAGUUGGGCUGUGGCCUGGCGUUGCCGGUGCCGCGGCCCCUCGCCUUUGGCCAGGGCAGAGGGCCCAUUUUCCUGGAUAAUGUGGAGUGCCGCGGACAGGAAGCGUCUCUGAGCGAGUGUGGCAGCAGGGGCUGGGGUGUCCACAACUGCUUUCACUAUGAAGAUGUGGCUGUCCUGUGUGAUGAAUUCUUGCACACACAGCCCCCAACAAGGAAGGUAUUAACCAGUAUGGCACCCUCUACAGCCCUCCAAAAUGGAAAAGGUGAGGGCAGUGUGCGCCUGGUGGGCGGCGCCAGCCCGUGUCGAGGCCGAGUGGAGAUUCUGCAUGGUGGCGUCUGGGGCACUGUAUGCGACGAUGACUGGGGGCUGCAGGAUGCUGCUGUGGUGUGCCGCCAGCUGGGCUGUGGGGCCGCCUUGGCUGCCACCACUAAUGCCUUUUUCGGCUAUGGUACCGGGCAUAUCCUGCUGGACAACGUUCACUGCGAAGGUGGCGAGCCCCGCCUGGCGGCCUGCCAGAGCCUAGGCUGGGGCGUGCACAACUGCGGACACCAUGAGGAUGCUGGGGUGCUCUGUGCAGUCCUAAGCCCUCCGACUUCCACAGCUCUGCCUCCGUCUGUCACGAAAGAAGACUGGGCACGGCACACUGGGCCAGCAGCUACAGGAGUUGGUGCCCUGCCUUCCAGGGACACCAUGCGGCUGACGACAGCAGCCUGGGCCUCGGGGAUGAAAAGCGGGAGGCUGAGGCUGGUCGGGGGUCCGAGCCCGUGCCGCGGCCGCGUGGAGGUGCUGUACGCCGGGGGUUGGGGCACCGUGUGCGACGAUGACUGGGACUUCGCGGACGCGCGCGUGGCGUGUCGCGAGGCGGGCUGCGGGCCCGCGCUAGGCGCCACGGGCCUCGGUCAUUUUGGCUAUGGCCGAGGCCCUGUGCUGCUGGACAACGUAGGCUGCACCGGUACCGAGGCCCGACUCAGCGACUGCUUCCACCUGGGCUGGGGCCAACACAACUGCGGCCACCACGAAGACGCUGGAGCAUUGUGCGCAGGCCCAGAGGAACUGGGACUCCAGGUCCAGCAGGCUGGUUCUGAGACCACCCGAAUGCCCAGUCCUCGGCCCAGAGAUGGGCACCUCCGUCUGGCUAGUGGAACACACCGAUGUGAGGGGCGCGUAGAACUCUUCCUAGGACAACGGUGGGGCACCGUUUGCGAUGACGCCUGGGACCUACGGGCAGCCGUUGUCCUGUGCCGUCAGCUGGGAUGUGGCCGGGCUCUGGCAGCCCCGGGAGAGGCUCACUUUGGCCCAGGCCGAGGCCCAAUCCUCUUGGACAAUGUCAAAUGCCGAGGAGAUGAGAGCACCUUGCUACUCUGCUCUCAUAUCCGAUGGGAUGUCCACAACUGUGACCACAGCGAGGAUGCCAGUGUCUUGUGCCAGCCAUUAUGACCCAGAUGGCUCUGUACUCCAUAUCCUAUCCCAGGAGCCUAGGGGGAACUGCCUGUCCUUUUCCAGGAUGCCGUCCUAUGAUAGCUCCAGUUCCUGGUGCCCCUUUCUCCCCGUACAUGGGAGAGAUGCGGUACCUGCCCGAGUCUUCUUACUGCGUGUCCCGAGACUGUUAUUACCUGCUGAAGGCCCAGUACAGUGAACAUAGCAAUGUUUUGCUCAGCCAAAUCAGAAAAUGUGGGAGAAUAACUCACUUCUCUUUGGGGUAACUCACUAUAUAGUACCCCCGAUCCUUCCUCUCUGCACCCACACCCAUGAGGCUUGGGCUGUCUGUAAAUGCCUUCAAACCCUUCCCGUGACCUAUCUUGGUCUCCCGCUAAAAGUGGGGAGACAAAAGGGGUUGGGGUGCUCUUUUCUAUAGACUGGCAGGGGACUGCAGAAGAUCCCAGGCCAUCACCUUCCCUGCUGGGUGAGGACCUCAACUCAGAUGGUGCUCCACUGAACAAGGGGGCUGCAGGGGCCAAAGCAGGGACCAGAGGAGCCCUUCCUGCAGCUUCUCUGAUGUCCACUGCCCCCACCCCCACCCCGCACAGAGCCUCCACUUUGCAGUAACAAAGAACCCUGGAGGCCCAUAGCCACUGUUCAUAGGUGCCAAGUCAAUAAAGCAUUAUCCCCCCC